CAUAACACCAACAGCUUCUCUUCCGCACACAUACACACACGACCGGCGCGAUGGCAACCGAAGUUGAGGGUCAAAUCCCCAUGGAGGAGGGCGAGGGAGAGGAGCUGGAUAUGAUCGAGAAGCUCCAAACCGUCGGCAUUGGCAUGUCAGACAUCACCAAACUCAAGAACGCGGGCUUCUUCACGGUCAAGUCGGUCAUUCUCAUUCACCCGAAGAAGCUCAAGGAGCUCAAAGGCUUCUCCGAAGCCAAAGUCGAAAAGGUUCUGGACGCGGCAAAGAAGCUCGCAGUUGGCGACUCCCCGUUUGUGACUGCCGCUAACUUUCUCGAGGCACGUCAGCAGGUGUUCUUCAUCUCCACCGGCGCUAAGGAACUUGACGCCAUCCUUGGCGGCGGUAUCGAGAGCCAGCAGAUCACAGAGAUCCAUGGCGAGUACAGGACUGGCAAGUCGCAAAUCUGCAUGACCUUGUGCAUCUCUGCGCAAGUGCCAACAGAUGAGACGAAUUACUCUGGCGGGAAGGUGAUUUACAUUGACACAGAGGGCGCCUUCAGGCCGGAGCGCCUGGAGGGGAUCUGCGAUCGCUUCAACGUUGACUACCAGGCAGCUCUCAACAACGUCUACUUCUGUCGCGCAUACAACAGCGAGCAACUGGCCACCUUGAUGGCCGAUGUUGGUGCCAUUCUUGCGCAAGAGGCUGGCAUCGUCCGCCUCCUUAUCAUCGACUCCAUUAUGGCCACGUUCCGCACCGACUACUGCGGCCGCGGCGAGCUCGCAGAGCGACAACAGAUGCUGAACCAGGUCCUCGCUGCCAUCAAGCGGCUGGCCGAGGAAUGGAACCUUGCUGUCGUCCUCACAAACCAGAUGUGCUCAGAUCCAGGCGCGACAAUGUCGUUCGUCUCCGACCCAAAGAAGCCUGUUGGAGGCCACAUCCUGGCACAUGCAGUGCAAACACGCCUCUCCCUGCGCAAAGGCAGCGGCGAGCAACGCUUUGCCAAGCUUGUGUGCUCGUCCCGGUUCUCGGAGAAGGACGCAAGCUUCAAUCUGACCGAAGGUGGCGUGGCCAACAGCGAGUGA